CCCGGGACGCGCUUCCCCGCCUCCGCCCAAGGCGCGCGGGGGGCGGUGGAGCGGCCGGGCGCGGUCGCUGGUCGGCGAGCAGUCCGGGGCGCGCACGCGCAGUGGCUCACCGGCCACGCCGCGGCUGUUGUUGGUCGGUGGGCGGGGCGGCUGGCUGACUGGGCCGGGCGUCGCACCGAGGGCCCUCGCGGGGCUCAGCCUUCCUUAGCGCCGGGCGGCGACGCCUGCGAGCGUGCGAGCCGCCGUUGCUUCUCCAGGUCGCUGUCUUCCAGUCUCCGGCCGGUGGUCAGCAUGGCCCGUGGGAAUCAAAGAGAAAUUGCCCGACAGAAAAAUAUGAAAAAAACUCAGGAAAUUAGCAAAGGAAAACGAAAAGAGGAUAGCUUGACUGCCUCUCAGAGAAAGCAGAGGGAUUCAGAGAUCAUGCAGCAAAAGCAGAAGGUAGCCAAUGAGAAGAAAUCUAUGCAGACAAGAGAAAAAUGAUGAUUGGCUUUUUGGAAAACCUGGGUGCUAUUGCCAGUGGGUGCAUCAUAUGCUCUAAGAUCAAAAUUUCACAGAGUGACUAAUCAUUACAUGUGUUAUAACUUGUCCUUAUAAAACUAUUUUAAACUUUACUUUUCAGCCUUGCUUAAUGUGAUGUUUUAAGACCAUUCAUCAAAGAAUAAAGAACUGACCGUGCAUGUAA